GAUCAAAUUAUACCAAUCGCAAACCUUUUCGUUUUCGAUAGUAGCAGAGCAGCAGAACUGAAAAGGACCUAAGCAUGGAUCAGCCAGCGACGGUGGUGGACAGAGAAUCGCUGGAGAAGAGGCCCGGAAUCUUAUUCGUCGGAUCUCCCAAUGUCGGUAAACGUACUCUUCUCUCCGGAUUACUCUCUUUGGAUUUUGAAGAUGCUUCUGAUUCAUCGUCUGAUGUACUUGCAUAUGGGUGGACUAUUGACACAAAAUAUUACACAGCUGAUGUUUGUGUAUGGAUGGCUCACCUUCAUGAUGAGUUUUCAGAUGGAGCCCUGCCAAAAUUUGACCAGUUGGCUGCCUUGGUCAUGGUUUUCGACAUGAGUGAUCUAUCAUCUUUUGCUGCACUAAAAGAUUGGGUUUCUCGCACCGAUAUCCAGAACUUUGACAUACUGUUAUGCAUUGGGAACAAAGUGGAUCUUCUACCUGGUCAUGCAGCUCAUGUUGAAUACAGAAGGCAUCUGCUGAAACUUGAAGAAUCUUCUGUUAAUCCUUAUCCAGAGUUUUCAGAUCAUGGAAUUGCUGAAACCGAAGGAAUUAGUUUACUGGGAGAUGAUGAAUCAUUAUGGGAGGCUAAGAGCUCUUGUAUGGAAUGGUGCAUUCAACACAACAUUGAAUACAUUGAAGCUUGUGGAUCCAAUGCUGAUUUUGACAAAUGUUUGUCAGUCGAUGGUGAUUCCCAGGGUGUUGAGAGACUCUAUGGGGCCCUCUCUGCUCAUAUGUGGCCUGGAAUGAUCUUAAAAUCCGGUGAUAAGAUAAAUGAGCCAUCAUUACCUGAACAACAAGGUUUUGCUCAUGACCUUAUUGACCUGCAAAUACUACUUUUUAUUUUAUCAAAUUGCUUGAGUUUUUUAAUCCACACUGCUCAGAGUUAUCCGAAGAAGAAUCGGACUUUGAAGUGGAGUACGAAAUCUUAUCUGCGGGUUCAGCAGAACCCUGGGAUGACACAGAUGGAGGAUGGGUCUCAGCAAUUGGUCCUACUGCAACCAAUGAUGCAGGAGGAUCGGUUGCUCAGAAUUUCAAUGUUACAAGGAGCAAAGACAAAUCAGUUGGAGAAGACCCACAGCCCUCAACAUCAUCAUCUCAAUUUCAGGAAGAAAGUAGCAGAGAAGUAAUGGUCCAAGCACAUGAACCAGAUAAAGCCUUGGGGCCCGAUGAGGGUGCUCAUUAUGAUUACGAUGAUCUGGAACAAUUGAUGUCUCAGAUUGGGAACAUGCGUGAUAGCUUGAGGUUGAUGCCCGAUUUCCAGAGGAGAGAAAUGGCAGCAAAACUGGCCAUGAAAAUGGCUGCCAUGUUCGGUGGCGAUAGUGAUGAAGAGGGGGGUUAAUAAAUUAGAGAAUUUUACUCAUAUUGCAGGAUGCAAAGCUGAUCAUCUCUCCAAUCUGAUUUCAGGGUUGCCUUGGAGUUUAUUGGUGAAAGCCAUUAGAGAUCCUAUUACGUGAAACGGGCAAGCUUGUGGCAAAGUUUUUCAUGUUCCUUUUUUCCCCCCCUUCUAGGCUUGCCCUUAUGCUGCUUAAGAUUGACCAUGAGAGAGAUUGAUGGCCAUAUCAUAUAAGGUUAUGCACAAUAAUUUUAUUAUGUCAGUUCAAAUGUCGAAAAUACUCAAAAAAUUUACUUCAUUUUUGAGGAAUGUGUUAGGUAAUUGUCUCUUCAGUAGGAGAUUGUGAGGGGGUAGAUAGGAUGUUUCUUGAACAAAAGAUCUUGAAAGUAGGCAAUCUUCAUUUGUCUUCUUUC